CUCCCUCCAUCUCAGCCUCUCUGUUUUCUUGCCCAGGACUCGGAACAAGCCCUGACCCCAACCAAGGACCACAAACCGGGGCCCAUCGGCAACGAGCGCUCCUUGAAAAACCGAAAAGGCUCGGAAGGGUCUGAACGGCUGGAGGGCAACAUCGCCCCCACCAACGGGGUGGAGAUUCACGUGGAUUCGGUUCUCCCCGUCCCGCCCAUUGAAUUCGGAGUGAACCCUAAAGAUUCGGACUUCAAUCUCCCCCCUGGCUCAUCUCCUGGCACCCCGGCCAACCCAGUUGCGAAGUUACAGAACGUGCUAGCCAGCAAUUCUGGAUUAACCCAAUCCCUCCCUGUUAUUCGAAGAGACCAUCAACUUCCCCGUUGCAUCAGCUUAAACAUAUCUUAUCCUACGGCAGAUCUCACUCUUAAAAUGGAGUCAGCCCGAAAGGCGUGGGAAAACUCUCCCAGCCUUCCCGAACAGAACUCCCCCGGAGGCGUUGGCUCUGGCAUUCAGCCUACAUCCAGCAUUGGGGUUUCCAGUGGGGUCAGCUACAGCUCCUUUGGGGGUGUUUCUGUCCCCCCGAUGCCCGUGGCCUCUGUGGCGCCUUCUUCGAUUCCAGGUAACCACAUCACACCCCUUUAUUUAGAUGGGCAUGUGUUUGCCAGCCAGCCGCGACUUGUUCCCCCGACAAUACCUCAGCAACAAAGCUACCAACAGGCAGCUGCCGCUCAGCAGAUUCCACUCUCCCUCCACACUUCAUUGCAAGCCCAAGCUCAGCUCGGAUUGAGGGGCGGCCUUCCAGUGUCCCAAUCCCAGGAGAUCUAUAGCUCCAUCCCUCCCUUCAGGUCUCAGGUCUACAUGCACCCCAGCUUAUCCCAGCCCAGCACGAUGGUCCUGACAGGAGGCACAGCGUUGAAGGCGCCCUACUCCGCCUUCCCAGGGAUGCAGCCUUUGGAGAUGGUGAAAACGCAGUCAGGCACCCCCUACCAGCCCGUCAACGGCAGCCAAGCUCUGGUUUACGAGGGUCAGAUCAACCAGGCUUCCCAAAUGAUGGACUCGCAGCUUCAGCAGCUAACGAUGUCAAUUCCGGGGUCC